CACAGUCGUGUCUCAUACAUCCUUUAAUUUGAGCUCAGCCGCCGUGGGUUCUACAUUCACCGUGGGAGGACGUUCUCGGUGUCUCUGUAGUCAGGGCUAAGGAAGGAUUCUUCACUCUUUGGCGAGAUCUAAUUCAUUCCAAAACUGGACUUUUCGAUUUAAAAGCAAAGCCACUUUGUAGUUUUUCUUUUCCAUUUAAUUUUUUGGGUUUAGAACUUCCGGUGAUAAAAUGGGAGCCCACAUGUCCAAGGGAGAUGUAGCUGUUGAGGGGAAUGUAGCCGCCGACCCUGCUGCCGCCAAAGCCAACGGCCAGGAAAACGGCCACGUCAAGACCAACGGUGAUGUCUCUGCUAAGCCAGAAGGGGAUGCGGCUGCCGCAGAUGGCAACGGCACAGCCGAGCCAGCUAAGGAGGGAGAGGCCGGUGCCGGGGAUGCCAUUGAACCCGCUCCCGCGGGAGAGGGCGAGGCCAAGACAGAGGGUGAGGCGCCCAAGGAUGGAAAGAAGAAAAAGAAGUUCUCUCUGAAGAACUCCUUCAAGUUCAAGGGCAUCUCACUAAAGAAAAACAAGAAGGGCAGCGAAGAGGCCAAGGAGGAGGCCGCCUCCCCCGCGGGCGAGGAGAAGCCUGAGGAGAAUGGCCACACGGCUAAGGAAGUCAAAGAAGAGACGCCAGCCGCCGAGUCUAAGGAGGGCGAGGCCGCCCCUCCAGAGGGAGAGACCAAGGACACCGAGGAGGCCGCUCCGGCCACGGAGGCUACUCCGGCCGAGGAAGCCGCCGCACCUGCCGCCGCCUCUGCUGAGGAAACGACACCUGCGGCCCCUGAGGGCGACGCCAGUGCGGAGUGAUUGCACCCCACCAACUGAACUAAUUUUCCAAGAUUAAAGUAUAUAAAUAUAUAUGAGAGACUCAUGCCACGUUCUUAAAAGUUAUACAACAAAACUACAACGAAGACAAAGGAUAUAUCACAUUUGCUGAUUCAACCACCAGAUCACUUGCCUUUUUUUUUUUUUUUUUUUUUUUUUUUAAAGUUUAUCAGUACUUUGACAGACGGAAUCUCACCGAGCCCUCAAAUUGAUGAAAGUGUCGUCCCCUUAUGGUACAUACAGGGACUGGCAUUUGGAGAAGGUAAUGAACUGGACGUGGAGGAAUCAGGAAUGUAGUACAAGACUUUCCCCCCCACCCCAAUUCUCUGAGAAGCAUCCUUCAGCGUGGCAGCCCUCUAGCAUAUUUUUGGGAUCUAACGAUUGCCGUCGCUGCGUAGCGGGGCAUAGCAUCUCCUUCACUCCAAAUGACUGUUAAAUGGAUGCGUACAACCAUUCAAAUCAACUUAAUUUUUUGAAUUCUACAUUUCUAUGUUUUAACUACAUUUCGGUUUUUCAUGUAUAAAAGAAAAACAUGGGGAGAGGUGGGUGAAGAUAGUCUUAUGCGUUUGUUUUCAGGCUAAAAUUCCCAUUCAAGCUUCUUGAGUAUUGCAGUGUUCACAUUUCAGAGUUUAUGAUGCAGGGGUUGGGAUCGUGUACAAAAUGUGAGCUUUUUAUCUGCAAACUUUCUCUGUAAAUAUAUUUUGGCCAAUGUUUUUGGUUCUCUUUAUUUUGCUAUCUUUUGAAGAUGUUAAUGGUUUUAUUGUAACUUUUAAUAAGGGUAAAAUAAAUGUUUGAUCCCCUC